AUGUUCAACUUACGGGAUCGGAUGAAAGGAGUCGAUCCAGAUCGAGAAUACAAAAAAGUGCACACGGCUAUCAGGGAAAAGCUUCUGGCACAAGAAGUGAAAGAUCUGGAGACGAAUCUUCGCAAUCAGAACAUUUGUCGAAUUCGCUUCCCUGAGUUGCCCGCACUGCACGAGAUCGAGCUCACCAUCACACCACAGGAAGGCCUCUAUCGCGACGGGAUUUUCCGAUUUCAUAUCACCGUCCCGUUGGAGUAUAACAAUGUGCCACCCCAAGUGAAGUGUCUGACACGAGUAUGGCAUCCAAAUAUCAAUGAAGAUGGGACAAUUUGUUUGUCACUUCUGCGCGAGAAUUCUGUCGAUGAUUUCGGGUGGAGACCGACGAGGAAUUUGCUGGAGGUGGUUCACGGUUUGCAAUCACUCUUCGGCGAUCUCAUGGAUUUCGACGAUGCGCUGAAUAUGGAGGCUGCAAAGCAGUACAGCUCAAAUCGAGGUGAAUUCUCGAAUCGGGUCAAAGAGUACAUCAAUCGCUUUGCCAGGACU